GUUGGACGUUCUUGGCCGUCGAGCAUGGAGGACUACAAGUUUCUCUUCAAGGUCGUGCUCGUGGGGAACGCCGGCGUCGGCAAGACCUGCCUGGUGCGACGAUUCACUCAGGGUUUAUUUCCACCUGGACAAGGUGCAACAAUUGGAGUUGAUUUUAUGAUUAAGACUGUUGAAGUAGAGAAUGAAAAAGUCAAGUUGCAAAUUUGGGAUACUGCAGGUCAAGAAAGAUUUCGUUCUAUCACUCAAAGUUAUUAUAGAUCAGCUCACGCAUUGAUAUUAGUUUAUGAUAUCUCUUGUCAACCCACAUUCGAUUGUUUGCCGGAUUGGUUAAGGGAAAUCGAAGAGUAUGCGAGCAACAAGGUUCUUAGGAUAUUAGUAGGAAAUAAAAUUGAUCGAGAGGAUAGAGAAAUACCAACACACGUAGGAGAAGAUUUUGCACAAAGACACGGAAUGUACUUUUUAGAAACGUCUGCAAAAGAAGCAGAGAAUGUUGAGAGAUUAUUUAUGGAAAUAGCAGCUGAACUCAUGGAGCAAGCUCGCAGUAAGGAGUUACCUCGAUAUGAAACGAACACAACUUCAAUAAAUGGCAAAACAACAUCGAUCGGUGAUACUAGUAAUUGUGGUUGUAGCCGACUCUCUUAAAUAAUUUUUGUAUGUAACAUUAAGCAUUUUAGUGAGAUAUUUUUAGUUAUAUAUA